AUGUUUGCUCGCCAAGCCUUACGCACCGCUGUUCGAGCCCGAGCCCCGUAUCGAUUUGCCCCUUUGGUUGUUCCCUCGGCGUCGUUCUCGAGCGCGGCUUCGCUGUCCAAGUCGUCCGUCACUCGCCGCGGAGCCAAACGUGGCAUCUCGUCCACACCUGCGCUCGAAGGCGCACAAGAGCCAACUCAGUCAGUACUGACUCCAACCACAGCUAGAACGUUUGAAACAUACCCUCCGAGGUUCUCCUCCGCUGAUCUAGUACUGAAAUUGUCAUCCUCCGGAAAAUUCCAUGCAGCGCUGCCGUCGACCCCGAGAGUCAGUCCUUCACCACUACUCGAGCUCGAGCUUGACGUCAGGCUCAUCGUCGAUGCGGGGUUUUCGGCCUGCUGUACUAAUGAACCAUCUCCCCUCCAUCCGAUCCUACUCGAUUUGAUCAUCGCUUCCUGGCCACUCCUUGUGUAGUUGUGCACGAGUACCCGGAGGAGCACGAGUUCGUCGAGGGCGAUCUCGGUCAUUCCACCGACGGGCCCGAAGUCGAUGUCGGCAAGCACAACCAACGCACUCUCGCGUCCUUCUCCAUGACGAACAAGGUCAGUUAUCCCCCAAGUCUCUCAUUGCUUUUACCGGUUGCAGAAGUCCUAGCUUGGUUCAACGACGUCGCUCUCUCGGGCGCCUCUCACGGCCUGCCCGAGCGCGGGCAGCCGGCCCGGCUGAUGACCACCACGAGAAGGAACGUAGAGCUGACCCAUGCCGUGCCCUCGUUUAAGCUCACAGGUCUGCGUCAUCACAGGAGCUGCUCGCGGUGUACGUACAUCAUGAACCGUGCAGUGGUAGAAGUAGAGCUCCUAGACGUACGUAGACCUCGACUAACACUCGGCGACUCCCACCUCCGGUCUCUCCAGCUUGGCAACUUGUUUGCCCGAACAUUCGCCGAAUCAGGCUCCAACGCCAUCGUCAUCCUUGAUCUGGACCAGGGUCUCGCCGAAACGGCCGCAAAGGACCUCGUCGAAUGGUUCGAGGAACACGGUCAAGCCGAAAAAGGCGAGAUCUCUGCCAUUGGUCUUGGAUGCGACGUUGCCGACGAGAAGAACGUGCAGGAUUGCUUCGCCAAGGUCGUCGAAAAGUAUGGCAGGAUUGAUGUCUUGGUCACAGCUGCCGGUAUCGUCGGUUAGUUUGAAGCAACCUCUUGUCGCCCGUAUUGACGAUCUGAUCUGAUCUGAUCGUCCGAACGAUUGCGCCCCGCGUCACAGAAAAUUUCCCCGCUCAAGAUUACCCUACCGAGAAGUUCCGCAAGUUGAUGGCCAUCAACGUCGAUGGGUAAGCAACUCUUUUGCUCUUGGUAUCAGGCAGUCUUGCGACUAACGCGUGUCUCUGGUGACUUGUGCAGAUCCUUCUUCUGUGCUCGUGAGGCAGCCAAGGACAUGAUGAGGCGAGACGGUGAGUGCCCAUUCGCUGCCGGCAGCGCGCUUUUCCCGCUGAUCGGCAAGUCCAUCGUUAUCCCAUCAGCCCCCGGAUCAAUCGUUAUGAUAGGUUCCAUGUCCGGCGCUUGUGUGAACGUUCCCCAACCUCAGGCGCCUUACAACGCGUCCAAGGCGGCGGUGCGACACAUGGCGUCUUCCCUCGCUGUCGAAUGGGCAACACGAAACAUUCGCGUUAACGUCAUCUCCCCCGGGUACAUGGCGACAGCUUUAACGAGGGUCAUCCUCGAUCGAGACCCCGUUUUGAAGGAAACGUGGGAGAACCUGACCCCGAUGGGCAGAAUCGGUGAACCAGAGGACCUUAAGGGUGAGCAUUGCUCACGAGCGCUACUUGGGUCUCGAAGAGGAGAGGACGCGAGCAUGGCCGUCGUCACAUCGAUUGACUAGUCCGUUCCGUUCUUGUACAGGUGCCGUCAUCUAUCUCGCAUCGGAUGCUUCGGGCUUUACAACGGGCACGGAUCUCCGCGUCGAUGGUGGUUACACUCUUGUGCGUCAUAGGCCACCCGAAGAACCCUUCGUUAUCACUCUACCUCAUCAUUGACACUUCUCCCGAUCUUUACCCUCAUGUAACAGACCUAA